AUCUUUACUUCCCAUCCACGCUCAAUCAAUCCAUGGAUGCCCGCAGAUGUCGAAAUCUUUCCCGAAUGCGUCGCAACUGAAGUCGCUCCAUCUGCUGCGCGCCCUUCUCCGCGAGGCCAGCUAUCUACCCGACCCGACUGCGCGCAGCUAUUUCAGACGCUACAUCGUCGGCCGCUUCAAGGCAUAUCAACCGACCCAAAAUGCCACGUCCCUGGCCAAGGAGAACCGGCGCUCCGGUUUCAAGAGAAGACCCAUUACUGUGAUUGAGAGCCGUACGGCGGACAUGCAAAAGAAAGCCGAAAAAGGUCUCAACUAUCUGCGACGUGCCAACAUGGGCGAGAGGAGUUGCUUGCGAAAGGUCUUACUCCAUACCUAUGGGAGGAUUGGGCGACGCAGAUACGCAUUACUCGACGAUCUCAUCAAACCGGAGCCGCCAGUCAAUUCCGAGGCGCAGAAAGCAGACCCUGAAGAAUUGGCCCCGUUGCAGAAGCUGUACUACAGCGAUAGGCCUGUCCUCCGGCUUUUCGAUUCCCCCAAGAAAGUUUCAGAUCGCAAGGUAACUUUCAGCCUCUCGGCUCCAUAUUCCAGACUCCAGGCCGUCAUCACCGGCCAGGUGCAAAAGGGAGCAGCACUGCACGCAUUGUUGAGGAAGACGAAGCUGGAGACAGAUAUAUACAAUGUUUGGGAGCGCCCAAUGCCUAUCAAAAGAGCGCGGAAUAACAUCAAAAGGUGGUAUAAGGACACCAUGGAGAAGCUUCUGCCACCUCUGCCCAACGCCGAGUGGGACCAUCUCAAGGCGCUUGCUACUGGAGAAGCGCGCUGGAGCGGUAUCGUUCCAAGGAGAACACCAGCUAUAGCAUCCACACAAACAGACGAUCGGUUUGUGAGUUCGCAAGUCGCCAUUCAGCAAGCCAUAGCUCUGGAUAAACCAACCAAGGCCGACAAACGGGCGGAGUUGCAGUCCUCCACCGACAGUAUCACCGCCCGGACGAUGAGGAGAUUGUAUGCAGAAAUUCUUUCUUACUGCUGCAAGCUCGAAUGGGAUGAUACUCGCAGUGGCUGGGUUUCGCGAUGGGCUUCCACCGUUCCGCCGGUCUUCUCCUGCUCUGUGGAUGAUGCCCUGUUCUCUGGCGUGGAUGAGAAGGGACGGCAACCAAAACUGUCUGCUGCUCGCAACGCCGGUAAGCAAGUCGGAAACACCUCAGAGGCCAAUUCAUGAGCAGUUCAAUGGGUUCAACCGGAGAAAUAUUACGCCGUACCGAGGUUAAAGUUGCAGUCAUGUCACUUUCAACACCGGCAGGGCGCAUUUUCUUCGACGCAUGAACCGUUUAACGUCCCACUUUCGGAAUCAAUUAACUGAAAUCUCGACACCCCACAUUCACAAUGCCUUCCGAAGGUUACUCAAUUCGCCAUGCGACACGUGAGGGUAUGCUUACGAUACAUCCCCUGCCAUGCGUUAAACGCCGCUAAUAGACGCGCAAGACGUUCCCACCAUCUUGGGCCUGAUCCACGAGCUCGCCGCCUACGAGAACGCGACCGACUCUGUGAAGGCUACAGAAGAGCGGCUAGAGAAUACCCUCUCUUUCGCCGACAGCGCCUCGUCUCC